AUGAAGAAUAUUUUUUACCAUAAAGAUUCAGGUGAUUCUGAGGGUACUGUUCCUCCAUUGUUCGUAUAUAUUAUGUACUUUAUCCAUGCUUUGCCGUUUACAAAUUCAGCUAUCAAUUGGAUUCUUUAUGGUGCUUUGAAUGGUCAGCUACAGCAACGUUAUCGGGGUGCACGAUUGAGUACUAACACCAUAACAACAAGGACACCAGCCCCAUGUAAACAAUAUGAGAAACCUAAAAUGAAUGGAUCCACUACAUUUCUCAGUCCUCCUACGGAUGGAAUGGGUAGUUCUGGAGAACACGACGCUGAUGCUUCAGAGAUGGUUGACGUGCGAUUGCUUACUGCUCAUGAACCCACUUAUCUAUAG